AACUAGUUUUAAUGCAUUAAAUGCUUGUUUAGUGCAAAAUAACAUUUCACUUACAUGGUAAAAUAUGAAUAUAACUCUUUAUGAUCAAUUUCAACCAUAAAAUACUUCACUUAAAACAAUUUCAAUAUUUUUAAAACACCCCCGUUUUUUGCACAUUCCCGUUUAGACGUUAGGGAUUGGAAGAAUCCCGUAUAACACGUCUAUUAUUUUAGACUAAUAAACAUGUUGAGGCCAGUUAGGAAGCGGAUAAGUUUGUAAAUGUAAAAAGCAUUUUUAGCCGGAUCUGUCUGAAGAAAGUCAUAUAAAAUGUUAAGAUUUGUUGUAUAAAAUGGUAAGAUUUGUCCAGGAAAAAUAGAAACUAAUUACCUCCAUACUUGUAAAACCUGCAUGGUGGAUCCAAAUUAUGUUUCUAACAUCUAUAUUUGCGCCAGUAACAGGUACUGACCCGAGUAUCACUUAAACCCUUUACUUCAUAGAUACGCAAGUAUUAUGGAUAAAAGGCAUAGAAAUUAUAAUUUCAAGAUUAGUUUUAGGAUUCAAUACAAGAGAAUGCAUGACACUUCUAAGUCAUACCAUAUUUUGAAUGUCCCAAAUCAGAGCUACAUAUAAAAACGACAUUAAAUUUAGCAUCUGUUAAUACUUGUAUGAAUUGGGUGUAGAAAAUGUUUUGUUUUAUAUUGUAAAAUGUUAAGUUUACUAUGCAAUAAGUAGCAUGCAGAUACAUGUAAUUUAUCUGCACACAACUUAUUGCAUGUUAGCUUGCCCAGCCUACUGGUUUUCAUUCUGAUUUGAAAAUUGAUACAUCAACAGGGCUCAUCCUACCAGGCGACUUAGGCGAUUAAGUCGCCCUGCCCGCGGCGACUUCGCUAUUUUCUAAGAUCAAAGCGAAGUCAACUUCGCCGACUUUUUCAAAGAUCAAAAAGUCGAUAUCGCUAAGAACUAACUCUUGUCAAAACAGAGCGACUCCGCCUCCCGCCUGUCAGCUCGAUUGACAAACAGCCAAUCGUGUUAAACCUAGUAAAUAUGCUCCAUUGACUUCGGCCAAUGAGAACGCUUGUUUUAUUCAAUCGCGGCACGUGUUUGCACCAUUGACUUUGUGUACAUGCGCUACGUCAUCGAUGUAAUAAAAUUGUAAGGGAUUAAUAUUUACACUUGACGAUGUUUGUAAAUGUCAAUUAGUGCCAAUUAGGAUUUAUACUUUAUAACAAAAGCGGUUUAAAUGAUGUGCACUGAUGACAAAUGAACUUAAUUGGGUGUGAUUACCGCGAAGUUAGCGAGAAGGGCAAGUGCGAAUCACAGUUCCAGGUUUGUUGUUUUUUAUUUCAGAAAUGCUUCCAUUAUUAUUUUUUCUUCGAACGGUUCACAUCAAUAUUCUAUAUACAUGAGAUAUUUUGCAUUCCGUUUAAUAGUAAUCAUGCUUUCUACGUGGCUUCUGCGGGAUUCCCCAGGCCUGAAACGUAAAGCUGACGAUGUUGAUAGUGAUGACAUGAUCGACAGUUCAAAUAAGAAAUCAUUCAAAAAGUCAAAUUAUCAAAAUAAUUUCAGUUGGUACAAACAAGACGCCGAUAAAAAAUGGCACUGCGAAGUUUGUAGAGGUGCUAAGUUGGACAACGCCUACGCCCGUGGACAUGACCAACCAGCAAAAACAACCAAUCAUCAGAGACAUGGCUUGUCAAAUCAGCACAAGGCCGCCUUGGAGAAGACAGUUCUGCGUUCCCAGGAACCCAUAAAGAAAAUCGUACUGGCCAAACUGUCCAAGGAUGACGAGCUUGCGGUCAAGCUCCUUAAGACUGCCUACCACCUCGCCAAGCGGGAGCUCCCCAAGGAGGAGUUUCAGUACCACCUCCAGCUUGCCGGGGCCAUAGGUGCUGAUCUUGGCCAUCUCAUGAAUGGGCCCUCACCCUCUUACACAUCAAACAAGAGUGUAACUGAGUUACAAGAUGCCAUCAGUGAUAUCAUACUUGAGGACAAAAUUAAGUGCAUUAAGAACUCUGGAGUAUUUUCAUUGGUGCUUGAUGAAAGUACUGACAAUAGCAAUCGAAAGAGACUGAUUGUGUAUGUACAGUCUAUCAGUGAUAACGGAUUAGAUUAUACUUUCAUUGCAAACAAGCAAAUUUCAUCUGGCAGUGCGAAUGCAAUUAACAUUGUUAAAUUGGUUGUUGAAGAACUCAGUUCCAAAGGCAUCGACAUCAAGAACAUGGUUGGAAUUAGCACUGAUGGUGCAAGUGUGAUGACGGGGAAAAAGGGUGGUGUCGUUAAACUUCUGAGAGACUAUUCACCAGUCCUUGUAGGUGUCCACUGUGCUGCCCAUAGAGUUGCUCUCGCCACCAGUCAGGCUGCGAAACUCAUCCCAGAGAUGAAUGACUUCUCAAGGAGGGUCACCAAUGUCUUCAGGUACUUUCACAACUCUGCCCUGCGCUCGAACCGUCUCCGAGACAUACAGACAGUACUGAACCUCCCCCAGUUGAAGUUUGCUGAAGUCCACUCGGUUCGCUGGCUGAGUCUUGAGGCAGCUGUGAGGGCAAUCUACAGGACCUACCCUGCUCUAGUCAUGUGCCUAGAGGCUGAUGCCACUACAGAACCUGCAGCGAAAGGCCUUCUUCAUGAGGUGUCUCAGUUCAGAUUCAUCGCACUUACUCAUCUACUAAUGGAUGUCCUUCCAUUCCUAACCCGACUGUCAUUGAAAUUUCAAUCAAAGUCCCUAGACUUCGGCACUGUGAACACUGAAGUGAGUUCCACAUGUGAAAGCCUAGAGGACUUAAUUGAGUGUGAUGGUGCUUUCACUGAUAAACUUGCAGGCUUUGUGAAGGAAGUCGAUGGGAAGACCUUUUACGACAGACCAGUGUGCGAGUCAGAGAGCGGGAAUGUGCUGGACACUAUACAGUGCAACGUCAUCUUUGAUGGAUUUGAUCCUGUCGAGGAGCCUGAGGAGGAACCGGAGGAGAUACUGGAGGGCCAGGAUGAGGCAGGAUUCAAGCCGGAGCUAAGAUACUUCACACAACAGAAAGGACUGUUAGGGAGACUGGGACCACAGUAUAUAUCCAGGGUUGUCGAGAAUGUGCGGGACCGUUUCCAGGACAUACCGAUUGUGGAUAGUAUGAGUGUUUUGGUGCCAAGCAAUAUUGCCAGUUCUGUGUCAAUCGCCAAGUAUGGAUUAGUCCAGUUUAAGUGCCUUGUUGAACACUUUAAACCGUUCAUAGGUAGUCCUGAAAUGUGCUUGUCUGAGUUCUCUGAGUACAAGAGACUAGUGGCCAAGGCCUACACUACACUUGGACUGCUGGAUAUUACCAAAGUGUGUAUGUGUAAGUUUGCCAGCAAACUACCUAACAUUGUAAUCAUCCUGAAGUGCUGUGCAGUUGUCCCCAUGAGUAGUGUGCAGUGUGAGCGUGGGUUCUCCACACAGAAUCGCAUAAUGACAAGACUUCGAACCUCGCUCAAUAACAAGAACCUGGACACUCUGAUGAGAAUCAGGGAGGAUGGACCACCCCUAAAUCAGUUCGAUUUCAAUAGAGCCCUACUGAAGUGGAAGAGUGCUAAACAAAGAAAACUAUAUCAUAUGUAGACUGUUAGUAUAUCAUAUAGUGCUUCUCUGAUGAAUCUCACCUUGAUACCUACAUUGUGUAGACUGAUUGCGUGUAUAGUGCUUCUUGUUUUGAGAACUAUGAUUUUUUUUCUUUUCUUCUUUACAAUUCAUGUUGUUUAAUUUCAGCUAGUUUUGUUUAUAUUUAUAAGCUUAUUUUAUUUAUUUAUCAUGUAUUUAAAUUUUGAUAUAUAUGUAUGUGUGAGGUUUGCAUGUAAUAAAAUGUUUGAAACUUGACUUUUUUAAAGGUAUUUUUUGUAUAUACAACAAAUUAAUUCCAACUAAAAACAACCAGUAUGACUAUUUAAAAACAUUUUAAACACCUAUUUAAAUGCAUAGAAAAGUUGUCCAGGACACACCAGAACCCACCAUUUGACUUUUAAAAUCUCAAAAUUUUUCGACCUUCAGGAGGGGGAACCCCCCUCCCGCACCCUCCCCCGUUCUCACUUCUCCCUAAAAUUUCUGUCUAGGAUGAGCCCUGCAUCAAUGAAAACAAAUAAAACACUCAAAAAUGGGACUCAUUAAGAAGUGAGCUAAAAAGCUGAAGUUAGUUAGACUGAUUCAAAUAACUUCUUCAGAAUAAGAUUUUUUUAAUGAC